AUGUCCGGUCUCAAAGAAAUCACUUUCUUCGCACUGAUUCUUUUGUGCGUUGUGGAGGGAGCCAAACGUAACGCUCAAUGCGAUCUGGUGUGCCAGAGAAAGAUGACGAUCGAGUGCUGUGAGUGCAUCGGAUGUCAUCAAGGAAUGCGAUUCGGAAAACGAUCGCAGCCAUUCUCCACUCCAGAAUUCGAGGAGGCAGCUAUCGCUGCAAGUGAGUUGACUGGAAUCGAGCAAGCCAUUGCUGAAAUCGAGCUGGAGCUGGCUGCCAGAGCACCAUCCCGACGACUUUUUGAAAAAUACAACCAUUGA